UUACUGUUAGUAGUUAUAGCAGUUUGUCCAAUUGUGGAAGGUCAGUACGUCAUGUCUGCUUGGGAGGCAGCAAGCACACUGAACGCAUGUUUACCCACUCGCAGUGGAGCUGUAGACAUCAUCUUUGCUCUCGACCGCUCUGGAAGCGUUGGCCGUUCGAACUACGACAAAAUCAUCGAUUUCGUGAAGGCCGUUUUGAAUCACUUCAGCGUUUCACCGACAACGACUCGCGUGGCCGUCGUUUCGUUUGGAACCAGCGCAAGAGUCGAGUUUGAUCUUCUUCGGUCGUCGUCGAAUGACAACAACAAGUGUGAACUGCUUCGCACCCAUCUGCCCAAACUCAGUUACACCGGAGGUGCGACAAACACUGUAGGAGCUCUAAGACUAGCUUUGGCGUUAUUGAAGAAUCCAGGGGUCCGAUCGUACUCAACAAAGGUGGUCUUUACGAUUACAGAUGGCUACUGGAAUAGAGGCGGAGACCCCGCAUACGUCGUUAGGGAGUUACAGAGCAGAGGUGUGAUCAUGUUCGCAUUCGGGAUCGGUUCGUGGGGUAUCAGCAGUUACAGAUUGAGCGCUCUGGGUAACAGGGACAGCGGUAGAUACAAGUACGUCUACCUGUGUCUGGAUUUCACCGUUCUAUCAGAGAUAGCCAGGAGGCUAAGAGGAGAUUACCACUGGGUUCAAUACGUCCCAUUUACACGCUGUCCUUCCCGAUGUAACCACGGAUGUCUGUGUGAAGUGUACGGCGGAAACUACGCCUGUUCGCUGUGUCCGAAGGGGUACUACUGCAACACUUGGAGCUCUAUAAGUGAGUAG